GUGGGGCAGCCACUAGCCGUUGUGGCGUCAGCACAAUGUUCCACACGUAUUUGAAGAGAUGGCUCUCCGUGGCCCUCCGUCGAUUGUUGUGAGCGUCGCGUUCCGCCUUGCUCGUUCGUCCUCACGCACCGCGGCACGAUCGCCAUCCCCGCCAACUUGCUCGUGGGCAGUGUCCAUUGCUGGCGGCAUCCAGUCGAGUGUUGGGCGAGUUCACUCCGCGAGGAUGACUGCGAUGUCUGAGGUAGUCCAUGUGCGUGGAGUGGGUGAUGGGGAUGACGUCGGGGCCCGGUUGUCCGCUCUGGAGAGGGUUGUCGUGACGUCUGCCGUAGCCGCCGUCAUCAUGCAUUGCGACAUGGAGGUCGAAUGUCAAUGGCGGUGGGCACGACUACGUGCUCGGAGAAGGAAGUUGAUGCCGGCGGCGACGACUGAAGCGUUGGAUAGCGCUGUCAUCUGUGAUGCCGUGUUAGAGGUGUGUUGUGCAAUGGGGUGUGGGGGACUACCGAGGGCGACGCCGAGGUGGUGGGUAAAAAGGAGGACGGGGGGGACUUGGGAGGAUCUUCGGCCUGCGGACGACGCCACUGACGAUUACUUCCGCGACAAGUUACGGAUGUCUCCACGUGUCUUCCGCGAGAUCGUUGAGAACUUGUCGCCGAUUCUCCAGCGACGUGUGACGUUCUAUAGGGAGUCGUUGCAACCAGACCAGAUCGUCGCCUACGCGCUGUACAGGUGGGCGUCGGGCGAGCCAUACGAGAGCAGCAGCUGCAGAUUUGGGAUUGGCAGGGCUUCAGGUUUGGUGGUCGUCCGGGACGUUACUUCUGCGCUGCUUUCGGUGUACAGGGAGAAGGUGGCGUGGCCGACUGGGGUGCGGAAGGCGAUCGUUCUGCGUGCUUUUGCAGACAAGGGUUUCCCGAACUGCCAUGGGUGCAUCGACUGCACCCAUAUCUAUGUCGAUAAGCCCGCGAAUGCACCUGCAGAAGACUACUACGACCGCAAGAGACGAUUCUUUGUCGUUGCUCAAGUGGUGGUCGACUUGGACUUGCGCAUCCUGGACGUGUUYGUGGGAUAUCCGGGGAGCUGCCACGACGUCCGGAUCAUCCAUCUCUCCAGUCUAUGGUCGCGGGUGGCGGCGGGAGAGUUGUUUACAGGGCCUCCUGUGCUGCUACCGUUCCAAGUGCAGACGAAUGGUUAUCUGCUGGCCGACAAUGGUUACCCGGCGAUCGAAUGGAUGGUUGUCCCGUUUGGCGGCGUGGCGCARCAUCCCCUGGAGAGUCGUUUCGACAGCAGGCAGAAGACCGCGAGGGGGGCAGUGGAGAGGGCAUUCGGGAGACUGAAAGGAAUGUGGCGCUUGUUCCUAGGCUCACACAAGACCAACAUGGAGACCUUGCCCCAACAGUUUGUGGUCGUCUGCAUCUUGCACAACAUCCUGAUCGACGCCGRCAUCCCUUUCGACGAGAACUUGCUGUGGGAGGUUGACGCCAAUGGAGUUCGUCGUCGGGUGGAUCUCGGGAUCCAUCGGCCCCCCUCGCCGUUGUGCAUGGAAAUUUCUACGGGGGAGGCGAUCAUGCUGCGCCAGGCGCUGGCGGAGCGAAUGGUGCGGCGAUGACGGCAGAGGACGCCGCGUGGCGGCGGGAGCUGCGGGCCGCGUCGAUGGAGGAACGUUUGACGGCGGCGGUGGGAGGAAGCAGUGUGUGAAGAGACGACGGGCGCAGUACAUGUGCCAUGCCGUCCGAUUUUGAGUUUCUCGGAAGUUUUUCCUUUUUGUGUUUUGAUCCUCGGCUUCGGGCUGGUGCGUUGAUAGUGGGGCGUUCCCUGUUAGUGUGGGCGAGUCGUUGGGCGGCGGAAGCGGCGGCAGUGGCCGGUUAGUGUGAUUAGUUGACGGCAUUGAGAUGGAGUUGUUGUAUGUCGUGAGCGGCAGUCGUGUGCAUGCCUUGGGGCUCGUUUAGGACGUUCUACGGAAAACAAUCAUUUCGGCAGUGUGUUUUUUUAUUUCGCAAGGGUUUGGUGAUUGUUGGGUUGUGAUCGCAAAGUGUUAUUGCUUGUUGGCGACUAUUUUCCUUCCUCUCCUACACACUCCCUGCUGCAUGGAUGGCAUGCUGACGUGUGAAAAAAGAAGUCUGCGAGCGCAAUCAAAUGGUGUUUACAUG